AUGGCCAUCGCGACGGUGUUUGUGGGAUUGCGAUUCUGGGCGAGGACGACAAGCUCGACGGCCAGCUUGGCUUAUGAUGAUUGGUUUUUGUUGGGGGCGUUGGCAUUUGCGUAUGGAACGGGCGUGUGUUGUAUUCUAGGCGGUGCAUAUGGUAUAGGCAAGCACAUCUGGGCUGUGGAUGAGAAUGAUGUCUUGAUGAGCAUGAAGAUCAUCUUCGCCUAUGUCAUCCUGUACGCAACCACCGUCCCAAUGGUCAAACUGUCCGUCCUCCUCCUCUACCGCCGCAUCUUCCAACUCACCUGGACUCUCUACUUCUGCGCAUUUCUCUCCAUUGGAUACGCAAUCUCCGUUUCCACCGCCAUCUCGCUCGCCUGUGUCCCGACUUCCUUCUUCUGGACGCAGUGGGUGUAUCCGCUCAGCGGGGGCCAUUGCCGAAUCAACCUCUACGAGUUCUACCUGUGGAAUGGCGUCGCCAAUCUCUUCACGGAUGUGAUCAUUCUGUGUCUGCCCAUGCCGAUUGUCUGGGGACUGCAGAUGCCUAGAGGGCAGAAGUUGGCCAUUAGUGGGAUUUUCCUCCUGGGCGGGUUCGUCUGCGUCGCAACCAUCGUCCGCAUCUGGACCAUCACCAAAAUGAAAUCCUCCGUCGACAUCACCUGGGUCAUCGGCGACGCCAUGAUCUGGUCCAACGUCGAGCCCUGCGUCGGCAUCGUCAGCGCCUGUCUCCCCACGCUGCGUCCUCUCCUCCGCCGCAUCCCGCAGCUCGGCCUCUCCAGCAACAGCGCACAUUACCUCGCUAAGAACGACAGCAGCGCGACGCCAGAAAACAGUCUGCCCGAGAGUAUUUCUGCGUCGGCGAAUCGGUCCGCGAAUCGGGGGGCGGUAGGGAAAAAGGGCCAGUUUCGGCCCGCUGAAGAUGAGAUUUAUCUUACGACUGAUGUGGGGAGGGCGAGUAGUUUGGGGCAGCUGGAGGGGGCGAGUGCGAGAUCCGGGGGAUCGUCGCAUUCGAGGGGCGAGGAGAUUCCGAUGCAGAUUAAGGUGAAUUAUGGGUUUCAUUGGUCGGAGGAGCAUGAGUGA